AUGGACCCUCCAUUCGACAAUACCCGUCACAUCCGCUACUGGCAGCGCUGCUUGCGUAGCCUCCUGCCGCACCAGUACACAAGUAAUGAUAGCACCCGCAUGACCCUGGGCUGCUUUAUCGUAGCUGCCAUCGACCUGCUCUUACCUCCAGGCUCACCCUCGAUCAUAUCGCCCACAGACAAACAGAAAUUGCGCGAUUGGGUCCUGGCGUGCCAACACCCGUGUGGUGGCUUUGCGGGGGGGCCGACCCAUGCUCACUCGAGCUCAGAAUACGAUGGCUUUGACUUCAUAACGGGGCAGCCGGUGGCCGGAACGCACAGUGCAGCCAACUUGGCCGCGACAUUAUUCGCUUUGCAAUUGCUGGCACUGCUCUCUGACGACACGGACAUAAACGAAGGUGUGGCGGCAGAAUCCGCUUUUAUCGGUGUCAACCGUGCGGCGACUUUGAGUUGGCUAAGUCAGUUACAACGGAAGGAUGGCAGUUUUGGCGAGGUUCUCGUGGAUGUUGUUGAUCUGGAAGCGCCAGACGGUCGCCGGUUGGUGAUUGCCGGGGGUUCUGAUACACGCUACUGUUACAUUGCCUCUAUGAUUCGGUGGAUGCUCCGCGGCCAGACCCAAAAGGGUGAUGGUGAAUGGGUUAAGGACAUCGAUGUAGAUGCUCUGGUUCGCUAUAUUCGCAAGGGUCAGACGUACGAUGGAGGGUUUUCAGAAAGUUCGAUGCACGAAAGCCACGCUGGGUAUGCCUUCUGUGCUAUCGCGGCUUUGUCACUUCUCGACCGCCCCCAGGAGAAAGCCUCAAAGACCUCGAGCGAUAUAUUUGACCGGGAUAUCCCGGACAAGCCAGCAUUUAUUCAUUGGUUGGCAUCUCGGCAAGUGCUGCCUAGCUCACCUUGCUCCCAAGAUGAGGACGAGGUCGAAGACGAAGUUCAAGGCACAGCAGAAUCUGAAGAAGUUGCGGCGAUCGCACAGCCAGCGGGGGGACAUCCUAGGUAUAUUGGUUUUAACGGACGAAGUAACAAACCGGCAGAUACCUGCUACACUUGGUGGACGAUGGGAACCUUGGCCAACCUGCACCAGGGUACCAUUGAUGACCGAGAGGUCAUCGAGCCAAGCCGACGAUUUUUGCUUGAGAAAAUGCAGCACGUCAUCGGCGGGUUUUCGAAAUGCCCUGGCGGGCCUCCCGAUCUGUACCAUUCAUACUUGGGCCUGGCAGCACUGGCAACGAUGGGAGAACCCAGCUUGAAGUCGUUCGACCCCGUGUUAUGCAUCAGCUCCGACACGGUGAAGAAGAUCGAGGUGGCCAGACAAAGGCUCCUGAGCGGAGCAGGCAAGUACGGCCAAGAAAGGAGACAGUCUUAUUUGGACAUGGGAAAAGCGUGUUGGGAAAAUGCCACAUCCAUUCGUUAA